AUGUAUCGGAAGUUGUCUAAGUUAGAACACUCGGAAAUAAAACAACUUCUUACAGAAGCUAAUAUAGAUGUUGCAAAGCAUUACGCAACAAACAAAAAAGCACUCGCUGACAUCCUCAAUGACUAUAAUGGUGCAAUAAGUUAUGAUAGAAUUCAUGAGUUCAUAAAGCCGCAACGCGGCGAGGACGAAGUCCAUGCAAGAGCAUUUCCUUUAAAUGACGUUGCUAUUGACUUAUAUCAUAGACGUUCAGUACCUCAUGAAGUAAGAAGAGAAAUGUUUGACAUAACAAAUGCAAACGUUGGUGAAACAAGAAGAAGAGACGACACACUGAAACAACAGAGAAGAGAGAUGUUUAAGAGCGCUAUAGAACAAGUUCGCAAAGCUAACGAUGUCCUUCGUUCCAUUGACGACAAACCAAAAGAAGGUGAGAGAUGGUUAAAGAAAGAUGAAGAGAAUAGGAAGAGGAAUGUUAAGACAGGCAAUAGACUCAUUGACUUUAACAUCGAAGCUUUAGAUGAACCAAACAGAGACUACUUACACAAACAUUUCGGUAAGGUUUUCAUGAGACUCUUAGAGAAGAUUAAAAUAAACUCCCAACAGAGAUGGAUGGUAUGUUAUAAACUUGGUGGAAAGUAUGAAUGUUCUACGUUAAACCUCAAUAAUAUUGGAACAUUACUACAUCAGCUCUUGAAGGAGAACUUUAUAUCAGAGAUAGAAGCAAAUGCUGCAGGUAUUAUUGAAAUGCACUAUGACUUCUUCUUGACAAACAUAAAGAAUCUUACUGAAAUAAAGAUGUAUGAUUUAACAGAAUAUGAAGGCUUAACGAUGUCAGAUGUAAAGAAAGGCAAACCAAAAAAGAGACCAUAUAGAGAUGAAAGCACACUGACAAAUGACCAGAAAGCCAUUUUGGAAGCUCUUAAGCAAACAGGAAACCCAGCACUUAUAGAAAGCUUUUGGAAAGAUAAUGGUGAAAAGAAGUUUUAUAAGAAGAGAAGCGGUCAGUUCUGGAAGUAUCUUUGCACAUUACCUAUAAAUCUUGAACGCUACCAAAUCUUCAAUGAACUGAACAAAAGAACUGCAACACUUAUGACAGAAGAUAACUGCUUCGUUUAUGCUUGCAUUCAGGCUGGAGUAAAUGAAGAAACUAUUGACCACAUGAGAGAAGUCAUUCGUGUUAGAGACUUUCCUCAAAGUAAAGUACAAGAAAUUUCUGACGCAACAGGUAUAGCAUUUAAUGUUACCAUUGGUUACUUCAAUGACUCAAGACAUAAUGAAAUAAAGAGAUACAUACCAAAAGAAUGUGAAACUGUUCGAACUAUUGACUUACUUCUUGUUGAAGACCACUACAUGCUAAAUGAAAGAUUACCAAUGACAACAUAUUUCAUUCGCAACUAUAUAGAAAUCUUGAAGGAGUGUGGUGGAAUGAACAUUGAGAAACAGAUGAAGAUUUAUACAAAGAGAGAGAACAAAUAUAUUGUUCGUUAUGAUAGAACAACACCGUUAUGGGAUGUUAUGAAAACAUUGUGGGAGUGCAAAUAUUUCGAACCUAUUUCUUAUGGAGAACUUUUCACAUAUACGACUGACUUAUAUAAACAGAACCUUGCACCAUUUAAAGAUUUGACAUAUGCUCCAAAGUAUUGUGUACAACUGAAGAAGAAAGCCGAGUCAAAAGAAGUAAAUAAAGCUAAAUGUAAGUUCAUUCCUGAGCACGUUUUCUUUGCUGACUUUGAGUGUAGCACAGACGGCUUUCAUAAAGCCUUUAACAUUUGUUAUGACAGUGAAGAUGGUUCAGUGAGUGAAAGCAUUUGGGGUCAGAACUGUGCAACAGAAUUUUUGGAACGACUUCCUGACAAGAGUUUAAUAUAUUUCCAUAACCUCAGUUAUGAUAUAAACUUCAUCUUAAGACACAUGACAGAAGUGAAAGGAACUCCCAUCAUUAAAGGUUCACGAACAAUGCAAAUAACUGGCUUAUAUAAAGGAAGGGCAAUUAUUAUAAAAGACUCUUACAGUGUUAUAAAUAAGAAGCUUAAACUAUUUCCUGCUAUGUUUAACUUACAAACAGGACCGAAAGAAGUAUUUCCAUACAACUACUACAGCAGUGUUUUGUUAGCAAAUGACAACAGAACUGGUGUCAUUUCUGAAGCGUGUAAGUUUGUAAAAGAUAUUGAUACGUUCAUGAAAAACAUAGAUUCCAUCAAAGGUUGCAGAAUAGAUGAAAACCAUUUCGAUUUAGAAAAAUAUAGCUCAUUUUAUUGCAAACAAGAUGUAAGAAUUUUAAGAGAAGGUUUUGUUAAGUUCCGCAAUGACAUAUUAAAAGAAUUUGAUUUAAACGUUUAUGACUACGUUAGUAUUUGUUCUAUUGCUAACAAAUUGUUUGAGAACAGAGUGUACUUCCCGAAUGGAAAUUUAUAUGACCUCUCAAAUAAAACAAGAGAAUUUAUUUCGAGAUGCAUUCAAGGUGGAAGAUGUAUGUUGUCAGAUAACAUUAAACAAAAGAGCGAAAAGAAACUCAUUGCUGAUUUCGACGCUGUUUCAUUAUAUCCAUCCGCUAUAGCAAGACUUUAUACUUUAGAAGGUAUUCCAAAGGUUAUGAAGAAAGAAAUGUUAAGCACAGAGUAUCUCAUGAGACAUUUAUUCGAUGACGACCAAAAGGAACCCAUUGGUGAAAAGUUUAUGUCUGGCUUCUUUGUUCUCAUUAAGAUAACAGAGAUUGGAAUACAUAGACACUUUCCUUUAAUAGUUUGUGACCCUGAACUAAAUCCAGAACUUAACGUUCCCAGAAGUUCAAACACUUGCUGUUUAAUGUAUGUUGACCAUAUAACAUUACAAGACCUCAUAAAAUAUCAAGGUGUCAAAUGUGAAGUGUUGCAAGGAUAUUAUUACGAUGGAAACAGAGAUAUUAGAAUAAGAGAUGAAGUAAAGAAGUUGUUUGAGUUAAGGUUAAAGUAUAAGAAAGAAGGAAAUCCUUUGCAAGAAAAUAUAAAGCUCAUUCUGAACAGUAUUUAUGGCAAAACUAUUCUUUCUCCUAUUGAGUCAAAAAUAACCAUAGUAAAUGACAAAGAUGCUAUAAGAUAUGCCAUCAGAAACUACAACCAUAUAGUGAAGUUCGAAGGUUUGGAUGGUUCAGAUAAAACUAUUUUCAAGCUAACGAAAAGCAUUUGCAGACACUUUAACUUCUGUCCACUUGGUGUUAAUAUCUUAUCUAUGUCGAAGAGAAUAAUGUGUGAAGUAUUCUGUACUGCUGAAGAUAUGGGACUUCAAAUAUUUUACCAGGACUGUGAUAGCAUGCAUAUUUUCAAUGAAGACAUACCAAAGCUUGCAGCAGAGUUUAAGAAGAGAUACGGUCGCGAACUUAUAGGAAAGAACCUUGGUCAAUUUCAUUCUGAUUUCGCAGAAAUAACACCUGGAAAACAAAGUUUAGCAUACAAGUCAAUAUUUUGUGGAAAGAAGACCUACAUAGACUUACUCACUAACAAUUUAAAUGAAGUUGCAUUCCAUGCACGUUGCAAAGGUGUCAAACAAGACGUCCUUGCUUUAACAGCAAAUGAAAUGUUUCCUGAAGCUAUACAAUGCUAUUACAAUGAAGAUAAGAACAUUCACAUACCUGUUGGAACAUAUGACAAAGACUCUGAGUUCAGUUUAAUGAAACUUUACAAAGCACUUCAUGAUGGUCAAGAGAUUGGAUUUGACUUAUGUAAGUCAUGUCAACCUUGCUUUGCUGAAAAGUUUAACUUCUCAAUAACGACUAAAACAAGCUUUAUUCGUAAGUUGAAGUUCUGA